AUGGCACAUGCCCUGCAGUCGCUCAAGGCCCGCAACCUCCUAUCGCAGAUGGAUCUGAAUGAACCCGAUAAAGAUGGCUGGACCCCUUUGCGCGUUGCAGCCACCCGCGGCUACAAUGAGGUGGUGAUCUUCCUUGUCGUGCACGGUGCCGACCCCCAGCGGCGGACCGGCAAGUCAGAAACUCCCGUUGCCCUCGCCCAGAACAGCGAAUUCAGCCCGACCUGCGCAAUCCUCGACCGGUGGGGGAAUAGCCCCAUCGGCAUGUGCUAUUGGACCUUCAUGGAACAGCAUGCGGCCGGCCUACAGACCAUCCCAGGGGCGGGUUCGGAGUGGGCCUUGCAGCUCUCCGUCUGGCGCGCAUUGGACAAGUUAUACGGAAAGGCAGAGGAUACCGGGGAGCCCAUCUCGUCUGUGACGCUGGGACGACUUAUUAUUCUACGUGAGGGCUCGACAGAUGUGGAUCCGGCAUUGAUCGCGAAAAGCAAGUCUACUCAGCACUGA